CCCGAAACGACAGGCGCCAGCGCCAUUGUUGUUGAGAAAAGCUGCGACCGUAAUAAAGCAAGAAAGUGUCAGUUUCCGAGUAGCCGUUUGUUUCGCGAUCGUCAACUUGCUUUUCUGGAAAAAGUGACCAACCUUUCCCGAAAAUAUUUGCCGGUCCAAUCGUGCGCUAGCGCGAGUGUUUUGUUUCAAGUUUUUAACAUGCCGUUCGUGCCACAGGGUUGUCUUUUGGAUAAAUUCUCUUCGUCGAUAAAUAAAGUGCAGUGAUAAUUUUGGGAGUGAAGUUUGAUCAGUAAAAAUAUCAUCCAAACUGUUUAAAACGGCUUCAGAUAUGGUGAAAAGAUCGGAUGGCACCGAAUCUCCCAUACUAGAGGAACAAGAGAGUGCCAAUUCAGAUAAACCAAAACAAAUAGUCAAAUACGGAGAACUAGUCAUAUUAGGGUAUAAUGGUUUCUUGCCGCAGGGCGACAAGGGCCGAAAGCGCAGCAAGUUCGUCUUGUACAAGCGGCCGAACGCUAACGGAGUGAGACGAUCCAGGCAUUACGUGGUUCGAACGCCGCACUCCUCUCAAGCGAUCCUCGACGCUAAUCAGCACUCGAUCUCCUACACACUCUCCCGAAAUCACGCCGUCAUCGUCGAGUACACCAAAGAUGACGACACCGACAUGUUCCAGAUUGGUCGGUCUUCGGAGAACGCCAUCGAUUUCGUGGUUAUGGACACGAUUCCGGGCGAUAAAACCGGCGAGAACAAGGUGAUGCAGAGCACGAUAUCGCGUUUCGCCUGUCGGAUACUAUGUGAUAGAAACAAUUCUAAAGUAGCUAGGAUAUACGCGGCCGGCUUCGACACCUCCAAAAACAUCUUCUUGGGCGAAAAGGCGAACAAAUGGCAGGAAAACGGUCGAGAAAUCGACGGACUGACGACGAACGGGGUGCUCAUAAUGCACCCUAAGGGCACUUUUUGCGGCGGGGAGGCCAUCUGCGGCAUAUGGCUCGAAACGUCGGUGGGCGGCAUCGUCUUGUCGCUCAGAGAGUCGAGAUCCGCGCAGCAGAGGGGUCACGUGGUCGACGAGGAGACCAACGUUUUGCAGGACGGCACCAUGAUAGACUUGUGUGGCGCCACCUUGCUCUGGAGGUCUUCAGAUGGACUUGCCAAAUCACCGAGUAAAAGGGACUUGGAAAAGGAGAUAGACAAACUGAACGCGGGCAGACCGCAAUGCCCCGUCGGAUUGAACACGCUGGUGAUACCGAGAAGGGUCACGCCCAACGAGAACCAGCAGCAGCCGUACGUGUACUUAAAUUGCGGGCACGUUCAGGGCCUGCACGACUGGGGCACGGAAGAUUCCGGCGCCAGAAAGUGUCCGAUAUGCUUGGAGUUGGGACCAGUUGUGAAGGUGAUCAUGGGGUUGGAACCCGCGUUUUACGUGGACUCUGGACCGCCGACUUUCGCCUUUAACCCUUGCGGACACAUGGCCACCGAAAGGACAGUAAAAUAUUGGGCUAAUGUGGCAAUUCCACACGGCACGAACGGUUUUCACGCAGUCUGCCCGUUUUGCGCAUCACCUUUGGCAGGUUCACCAGGUUACAUACGUCUAAUUUUCCAAGACAACGUGGAUUAAAAUACCUACUCUAUUUCGUAUUUAAGGUUUGGUACAAAUUGUCCAUUGUUUUUGAAGGAUCUUGUGCGUAGAAAUUGGUUUCUGAGACUUAAUUUUCGAAUGUUGUGUAGUGUGUCAGUGUGAAAGUUUACCAAAGCUUUAUUUAUAUCGCUAGGGUUAUAUCGUGGAAUUUACAAAAAUAUGCCUGAAUUUCGCAGGCAUAUUUUAUAAUAGCAUCCUUUGCAUCUAAUAAUAAGAAAUUAUCAAUUUUGUAAAUAAUUAUAAAUGGUAUUAUAGGGAUCAUGAGCGAGAAAUAUUAAAUUGAAAUAAAAUUGCACUAAUUAUUUUUAAUACAUAUUUAGACGUUUGAAACAGUAAAAUGUAAAUAAGCGUUCGUUUUAGUUAGUUUUGUGAAUAAAGCGAUCUUUUGUAAUUUUGUAAAUAUCUGCAUUGAUAAAAAUUAAUUGGAUAAAGAAGACACAUUGUUAUGAUAAUAAAGAGAUAUCAGAAUUUUUUAUAAUUUUAUAUCUCUUCUAUGAGGUUGCUUAAUAUCAGGGCAACAUUUUUUUUGGUAUAGAAUUAAUAUUAUUUACUUGAAAUUCAAAUUUAUCAUUUAGGUACACAAUUUCUAUUUAUAGUAUUAUAACAAAAUCUUUUUGUCUUAAUUUCUAAUGUUAAGAGCAAAUGUGUGAAUUGUUAAGACUGGUUAGAAUUUAGCUAGAUUGAUAUAUCAAUUGAAAUAAUGUUACUAAUUUUUAAACAAUGAAAUAUACAAUUACUUAAUGUGGUAAAUUAUCAUAAAAAUGUUAUCUGUGUUAUUUUUUUUCGAGUGCAAUGAAUACUUUUAUCAUUUUUGCAAGUCAACAAAAUUGUUGGACAUAAAAGUGAUAAAAGUAUGACAUACAUAUCUAUUUACUAAUGUUUUGUAUUGAAUUGAUUUUAAUUUUUUGCAUACUCUGAAAUAUUGUUUAAAUUUAAUUUUUAUAGAAAAGAUUUUUAUAUUUUUAUACAUUAAUUUGCAUGGUCCAAAGCUAAAACGAAAACAAUUUGUGAUAAAAUUUUCCUUAUUUUUAUUAUUUUAUCUUGAAUUUUGACAAAAUUAUUGUUCAACCAAUCAUAUGAAAUAAUUUACCAUAUAUUAAUUACUAAGGUUUAUACAUUAAAAUUUGAUGUAAAAUUAAUAUUUUUUAUUUAUCCACCAUAUUCAGUUUGUAAAUAUGUAGUAUAAGUUUAAGCCAUAGAUGGUAGUUUUAAGAUAUUAUAUAGUCCCC